GUCUAUACAGAAUAAAAAAGAGGGCAUGCUUCCUAUUAAACUAAUAGUGACUAUAGCACAACGCAAACAUGCAUAAUUAUAAGUUUUUAGACUGUCUACUUGUGCUGCUUAUUGUAGAUAUAAAAUAUGUGCACUUAGAGGAAAUUUCGGAGUCAAAGGGUUUGGGAGACAAGUUUUUAGAAAAAAUGAUUGAAAUUAAUUUGAAUGUACAAAAAACACUUGAAAGACUGGAUAAGAAGAUUGAUAGUGGGAAAGAACGAAAUAGGAGCGUACUCUCAAGAUUGUUGACCUCGGAACGACGGGAGUUGCUUGUUGAAGAUCUCGAAACAGAUGGUUGGGAGAUGAUUUUCCGAGCUACAUCAUGUAAUGGGCAAAACGUGUAUAAAGCCUGGACAACAGGGGCUAGUACAUGUUCCGACAAGCCAGCUUCAAUGGAGCGAUCAUAUUCGAGUCACUUCAGAAACAAUAUUGUCUCAAACUGGGUCAAUAUUGGAGUAAAGUAUGUCAAAUAUGCAUUCUACAAAAACAACAAAGAGGUCGCUUAUGUCAAAUUCAAUGCAACCGGAAGUAACAUCAACUCCUGGUUCGACAAAAGUCGAGUUCUAGCCUCCAGUUACACGGAUUUAACAUCAACAAGUGUUUAUAAUAUAUUCUCGAUUGCUGGAUAUCACAUUCCAGGAAGUUUCGAGCGUCGCUUUCAUAUCAACAAAGCUUAUGGCGGAUGUGACGUAGAUAUUGGUCAUAUGGUUGUUUCAGAAGAAAUCCCUCCCAAAAAAGGAUGUUUCUGGGAUAUUCAUCCAACAUAUCCACAAUUCCUGUAUUCAAAAAUAAAUUCUGUGGACGUCUGGAACAGGAGAAUGUUCGGACGAGCCGAUUACAUGGCAAUAUUUAUAAACAUCUAGAUACAAAUAUGAGCUUUGAAAAAUAAAACUUUUUUCUCUUCUUUUAUGACAUUGUUAAUGGCGUAAACAAUUUAUCUUUGGUUUAUAAACUAUGUCAAUAAGUAAGGUUUUUCAGUCAUUAUUUUUUUUUAAAUACAUAUAAGUUACUCUGGCAUGAUUGUUUUCAGUAUUAUUGUAUAAAAAAAAGCUCCUUAAUAAUAUUACAGUUGAGGGAUAUGAAACAGUUUGUUGCAUACGCUAAAAUCAACGGAAAUAAAACAUUAUCUAACACAAAAAGU